CAUUUGUCUGCAUUUGUUUUUCGUAUUUCUCCAACGCAGACGGGCGAAAACAGCUCCCGGAUAUUCCAAAUCGGGUAGCAUGAUAGCGUUACACGAAAGCAGUCUCGCUCCAGACUGAACUGCCACUAGAACAUGGCAACCCAACAAGAUAUCCAAGAACUCCUGCGCCUCCUCGUAGGCGCCAGGAAGCUGCCUAUGCUCCAGGCAAUGUCCCAGGUAAAGGCUCUCCAGGUCGAGGGACUAAAGAGCAUCCGCCAGGUGGCAGAAGCCGGUCAGGCUGCUGUAGAACGAGCUGUUUCCGAUGCCAAAGCCGCGCGGGCUCUACAGAACGCAUGCAAGGCUGCCGUGAAGCGAGGGGAUUCCGGCGUCGGCGCAGGGUCGGGAAAGAGGGCAGGGUCUGAUGUGGAAACAGGCGCGAACAAACGUGCCAAGAUGGUAACUGGAAGCAGCGGCGACGGCUCAUUGUUCGGACUGCCGCCUCAGAUGACACCACAGGAGCUCGAGGAGUCCCUAGAGCUGCCCGUCGACAUGGACGAGGAGCGCAUUGCGGCAACGUCCAUCGAAUGCAAUCGUGCACCUCUUGUGCUUGCGUUCGCUGUCGAACUGUUGCGUUACACCAUGCCGGAGCAACCACCGUCCAGCCGAUUGAGCAUUGCACAGGCCGUGGUAGCUACCAACUCUCGAUCCAAGGCGACCAGCCUGGGCAUCGAGAAAGGGCUUCCGGCAGAUCGAGAAGGUUGGGGCGAGGGUCAGCCGCGGGUCCGUGUGAUGGGUCGCGAGGUUAGCGUACUCAAGCGAGGCGGCUACGAGUGGAAGGGUUCCGAGUUUGUAGAGAAAGCCAGCGAGGCAAAGCAAAAUGCUUUUGCCAUCAUGAUGCAAAGCGACACGCAGGAGUCGCGCACAGAGCCGGCUGCAUCACAACAGCAAGCAUCAAUUGAUCCGAAGCCGCUGACUUGGUCAACAAGCCAAUCGGUCUCACUCAAGGAGUCGACAUUUAUCGCGAGAGCGACAAAUAUGAGCAGCGUUUACGAAAGGAAGAGAUUAUUUGCGGCACUUAUGGAGAAAUACCCUGUGCUGAAGACGGCUACCCACAACGCAUGGGCUUAUCGGGUGAAGCAGGCCGGGUCAGGACGAGUGACAGAAGACUCAUUCGAUGAUGGUGAGACUGGUUGUGGUAAACUAAUGCUGGAAGUUAUGCGAGAGUCAGAUGCGGUCGAUACCUUUGUCGUCCUUACCCGCUGGUUUGGCGGAAUCAUGCUGGGGCCGGAUCGCUGGCGCCUGAUGCGAAACGUCGUCAGGGGCUCGUUAUCGGAGCGUAUGCGGCUCGCGGGCACUGAUACUGGUCUUGGUGGUGAAGCCGUAUGGGGCUUGGAUCUUGAGGCUAUGAAAUCUAAAUCAACGGCAGUUGGUUAUGGAAGCGGCAUCAAGCACCACAAGACAACGGUAGUAGGGAUGCAGGUUCACAGACCCGAAGCAGCAAGGAAUUAUCUGCUCAAAAGCUUUGCCGCGGGUUCCGCCACAGAGAAUACCGAAGGCGAUACGGCAGACACACAGGAUAAUGAUACGUCAGGUGGCAAGGGCAAGAAGGCGGCAACGGUCAAGAAGAAGACUCUCAAGGCUGUAAAUACCGAAAAGGAGGAGAAUCUUGCCUUGCUUCUUGGGGCGUUGAGGCUGGUCUACGAUAGCUGGGCCGACCAUCUUCCUGCUGGCGACUUGGACCGCAGGGCAUGGAGCUGGUACACUGCAGUGAGACCGGAAGUUGACUCGGGACCUUCCGGCUGGGGUGCCAAGGGCGUACUCAAUUUGAAGAGUAUACUUGCCUUGCGCCGGAAGGAGUAAACUAUAUUCACGUGGGGGAAUAAAUACAAUGACCAUCAAGCAGUUAUAAUGCAUCAACCUUCCCUGGUGCUUCGCAUCACUACUAUAACAUAGUUUCCGCGUUUCCGACAAGUGAGCGUAGCCGGCUGUACUAUAGAAAGCAACAAGGAGUGGGAAUCGCAGGUCAGCGUACUUGAUACUCAGCUAGCCACCUACCUACCCUGUACCAAUUUACUCACCAAUUGCGUUAACACCAGAUAAUUUGUUGCGUCUGUAA